AUGGCUGGCUGUAUCCGUAGCUCUGCUUCUCUCUACAUGCCUAAUAGAGAAUCCCAGUCGCACGAGGGAUUUAAUGUAGUUUUCCUUCCCUUACAUUCGAGGCGAUCGGGAAAAAGGCUACUGACACCCAGCGUUGUACGUGAUAUCUUUUGGCAUCUCUCUUCCACUGCUCGCAAAGACCACCUAUCUCUCUAUAUCCCGGUCGUGAUGGAGGUUCUCAUGGACAAAAACACUGAACAUUCUCCCCCUCGAUAUGCAGAGAUCUUUGAACGAUUAAGUACCCAAGAAGGGGAGGGGCUGAGUCGACUGGGCUACAAACAAGAGUUUCAUCGGAACCGCUCCAUGGUCACCCUGCUAUUCCGGGUCCUAUCCAUCGCAGCCAUUCCAUACGGUGAAGGAGGUCCUCUGAUGACAGCCAUCUACGACGGUGGUCCACUGUCCAUCUUUUUCGGCUGGAUCGUCGUCUGUAUUCUGGACGAAAGCAUAGCCCUGUCCCUGGCCGAAUUGGCAAUCGCGAUAUCCCACGUCGGCCGGACCCUAUCACUGGACCUUUAA